UCCUAGUUGAAAGGUCGAAGACGUCACACGCAUGCUGCCUGGAACGGAAACAACAACAAACCUCUGAAUUAGCCAAACGUUAACGUUGCGUUUACAUUUCUUCUUUUUCUGUGUUGGUACUGUUGCUCGUUGUUGACAAAAAUGUCCAAAAAGGCCAAAGAAAUCCUACAGAUGGACCUGUAUGGGUUACUCGAUAUUGGAAGCACUGCUACAACGAAAGAGAUCAAGAAAGCUUAUCGACAGAAAGCCUUGACAUGCCAUCCAGACAAGAACCCAGACAACCCAAAAGCAGUGGAGCUCUUCCACCAGUUGUCGCAGGCUCUCGAGGUGCUAACUGAUGCUCCUGCCAAGGCUGCCUAUGACAAGAUUCGCGCUGCCAAGAAACAAGCAGAAGAAAGAAACCGGAAGCUAGAUGAUAAGAGGAAGAAAAUUAAGCUUGACUUGGAGACUCGAGAGCAACACGCCGAAUUUCAGAGCCAGGAAGACGUGUUUAACACCAGAACACUUGAAGAAGAGAUAGCCCGUUUGAGAGAGGAGGGAUCCAGACAGCUUGAGGAGGAACAGCGGCUCGUCAGAGAGCAGAUCCAGAGAGAAAGAGAAGCACAGCUGCAGCAAACGGGAGGCUACACUCAGAGAGACUCAGGAGUGGAGAGAUGUUCCAAGACCAAUGUGACCCCCAAAUUGAAGUUAAAGUGGAAGUGUAAAAAAGAGGACGAGACGAAUGGAGGCUACUCUCAAGACAUUCUUUUCAGACUUCUACAAAAGUAUGGAGAUGUUUCCAAUGUGAUUGUAUCGAGUAAGAAGAGAGGAAGCGCUGUGGUUGAAUUUGCAACUGUGAGAGCAGCUGAGCUGGCAGCUAAGAAUGAAAGUGGCCUGAGUGAAAACCCCCUGAAGAUUUCGUGGCUCGAAGGACAGCCCGAGGUUAUUGCUCCAGCAUCUCAACCUGGCCACUUCAUGUCUUCACAGGGUCAACUGUCAAAUGAGCGCGACUAUGAGAGCGUGGUGAUGAUGAAGAUGAGGCAGGCUGCUGAGCGACAGAAGCUUAUAGAACAAAUGCAGAGGGAAGAUGACGAGGAAGCUGUCUAGUCGUAUCUCAGUUUGUAACUAAUACAUGAAUACCUGUUUCAGGCUUUAGUUUCAUAAAGCCUCUUAUGUGGUUGUUUGUUUGUUUUCUAUGCAUUACCUGUGUGGUGAAAUAAAUCUUUUUAAUGACUAAAAAGGCAACAUUUUAUUCAAA